AUCGUUCAUCAGCGCAUGGUCCUCUUUCCCGCUAAAAACCGGUCGUCACUCUCAUUUCCCGCCAUAAAGAACUUUCGGCGGUAUUUUUCAUAGUUGUUGAAGAGCUAAAACUUCUGCCGAUAUUCUGCUUCUCCUCUAUUUACUUUGUAUUCUCUUGCCACUGUCUCUUGGUUUGCGGUUCGAAGGAUCCGCUGCAAUGGAAGUCAACGAGGAUGUGAUGGCUGCGAAUAAGCGCGCCUUUCUGAAUUUCUUGGACGAAGAUGUGGGUAAGGGAUUUUACAUGAAGGCUAUAAGGGAUAUGGUCCAGAACAAGCGCUGUCGCCUUAUUCUCGGCAUGGAUGAUAUACGCAGCUAUAGUCUGGACCUUGCCCGAAGAUUGAUUCGGAAUCCGGGGGAUUUCAUACAACCAAUAUCCGAUGCCCUAACGGAAGUCACACGAAAUGUGGACCCGAAAUACCUGAAGGAAGGGGAGAGAGUGCUCGCGGGAUUUAGCGGACCCUUUGGUUUCCACAAGGUUACGCCAAGGGAUCUCAUGUCCUCAUUCAUCGGAUCCAUGGUUUGUGUUGAAGGGAUCGUGACCAAGUGUAUGUCAUCAUCAUCUCACUCUGCCUGUUUGCAAAAAAAACAAAAGAAAAAAGGAAGAAGAUCGGUUAAAUUGUUUAAUAGAUUAGCUUAUCCGUGUCUAAUCACAACCCUUUCUAAUUGAUCAUUGAUUAAGGUCUCCUGUCACCUAGACUUUUUUUUUUCCUUCUUCUAUAGUAUUGAAAAUAUAUGAUGGAUUAGUAGUUCUCCUUUGGAAAACUUUUCCACAAUGAUAUUAAAAACUGGCUUUAGAGGUACCGCUGAGCAAUGCAUUGGCUUUGAGCAUUGCUUGUUUAUGGAGCACAAACUUGCAAUAAAGGCACAAAGCACACUCGUUGCACCACUUCGGCAUGUGGCAUUAUAGCAUUUUGCAUUUAGUUUUGAAUCAGAAUGAAAUCCUUAUUUAAAUUUGAUGCUACUUA